AUGUAUCGACAAAUUCUUGUCGAUCCGCGGGACGUGAAUUAUCAACGCAUUCUUUGGUGCAAAAACGACUCUAGUUGCCCUCGCGAAUAUAAAUUGCUCACGGUCACAUACGGAACCGCGGCCGCUCCGUUCCUGGCGCUUCGAGUACUGCGCCAACUUCUCUACGAUGAAGGACCGGCAUUUCCUCUCGCCAUGUCAAUCCUUCAGGAUAACAUAUACGUCGAUGACGUGCUCUUUGGCGCCGAUGACAUUCCGCUCCUGCGUCAGACGCGCGAUCAGACGUGCGCGGUGUUGGGCCGGGGCGGGUUUCGGUUGCGAAAAUGGUCAAGCAACUCCUCUCGGCUGCUCGACGACAUUCCUGAAGAGAAUCACGGUCUCGCCUGUAGCAAAACUCUGCAGGAGGACGAGCAGCUGAAAAUUCUGGGAAUUAGCUGGAGUCCGUCGCAGGACGCGUUUCAAUUCCGCGUGUCCGUUCCAUCCUCGAUUCCUCGUACGAAGAGGUCGAUUCUCUCGGUCAUUGCGCGUCUUUUCGAUCCCCUCGGCUGGAGCGCCCCAGUAACAAUCCGCGCCAAAAUCUUUCUUCAGAAGCUGUGGCAAAUCCGCGUCGACUGGGAUGAGGAUAUUAAUGCUAGUCUAAGCGAUGAGUGGUUGUCGAUCGAGAACUCUCUCAAGGCCAUCGAUGGCCUCCUCAUUGAUCGGUGGAUACGGAAGGGUGCGGACACCGUCAUGUGCGAAGUACACGGAUUUUCAGACGCGUCUCAGAAAGCCUACGCGGCCGCCGUAUACAUUCGCUUAGCCUCGUUAUCGGGCGAACGGUCGUCGAUGCUGUUUCUCAGCAAAUCGAAAGUUGCGCCAAUAAAACCGUGGAGCGUACCACGACUGGAACUGGCUGCGGCCGUGUUACUCUCGCGCCUUGUGGAAUUUACACUAGAGUCACUGCGGUUUCCCGCCACGACUCCGUGUUACUGUUGGACGGAUUCCACAGUGGUUCUCGCCUGGGUGACUCAACACCCGUCGCGGUGGAGGACGUUUGUCUCAAAUCGUGUCGCCGAUAUUCAAACCCGCCUCCCUAAUGCCGCUUGGCGGCACGUCUCCACUGAUGACAAUCCCGCUGAUUGCGCGUCUCGCGGCAUUCUCGGGAGUCAGCUCGCGUCACACGAUCUCUGGUGGAGUGGUCCGUCGUGGUUGCGUCUCGCCAGCUCUGACUGGCCAUCGCCGAUCGCCCCCAUUCCUGCCGGAGAGCUACCCGAACAAAGAUCUGAGAAAACCGUGAACCUGGUCGAGCAGCUGGAGCCGUGGGAUCUUGCUUCGCGAUAUUCGUUAUGGCCGAAACUGCUCCGGGUCACGGCAUACAUCCUGCGGUUUGUGUCUCGGGUACGUGAUCGCUCCUUGCCGCGCGAGAUUCAGCGGGACGGGUCUCUCUCUCUCUCCGCUGGCGAGAUCCGGUACGCUCGAGUCUUUUGGCUGAAAUAUAUUCAGAGAGAUUCAUUUCCACUCGACCGGCAUGCUCUUCGGUCAGGAAAACCUCUCGCCUCGAAAAGCAGUCUCAAUCUGCUCACUCCGUUCCUCGACGAAGAGGAACUAAUUCGCGUUGGCGGGCGGCUCGCUCAUGCCCCGCUCCCGUUCACCACCAAACAUCCUAUUGUGCUAACAUUUCACCCGUUGGUUGAGUUGAUCGUGCAGAACGCUCAUUUGCGAUCACUCCAUGCUGGCACUCAACUGACUCUCAAUGUGCUGCGGCAGGAAUUCUGGCUGCUUCGUGGACGCAGUGUCGUCAGAGCCGCGAUUCAUAAGUGCGUUGUAUGCGCACGCGAACGCGCCGCGAUUCCGACACAACUCAUGGGAAAUCUCCCUCAAGUGCGAGUGUCGCCGCCUUCGCGCGCCUUCCUGAGUUGCGGCCUGGACUAUGCUGGACCCAUUCUCAUCCGAUCUAUGUCCGGUCGUGGAAUCGCGUCGCGAAAGGCAUACAUUGUCAUAUUCAUCUGCAUGGCCACUCGUGCCGCCCAUCUGGAGAUUGUAGACGGGUACGCCACUCCUGCGUUUCUAGCGGCAUAUGCCAGGUUCGUUGCUUGA